GUACUGUGCCGGGCUGUGCCGGGCUGAGCUGUGCUGUACUGGGCUGUACUGUGCCGGGCUGUGCCGGGCUGAGCUGUUGGCAUCACCAUGACCUUGAAGUCCAACAAGAGUGAGUCUGUGAGUCCUUUCGCCGCUUUUGAGACCAUGAACAGCUGCCGGACUCCGCUGUCCGACCUGUACCUGGAGCAGCUGCUGCUCAGCAAAGGGAAGUCUGAGGGUUUCACACCGACCCACGACAGCAUGGCCCAGGAUGUCUACAGUAACGGCAGCGCCAACUCCUCCCCGUACAUGAACGGCAACAGUAAAGAGCACGAGGCGCAGAGCGUGAAGAAGGUCCGACUGGUCACGUUCCAGAAAAACUCCAGUGAACCCAUGGGUAUCACACUGAAGCUGAACGAGAAGGGGCGCUGUGUCAUCGGCCGCAUCCUGCACGGGGGAAUGAUUCACAAACAAGGCAGUCUGCACGUGGGUGAUGAGAUCCUGGAAAUCAAUGGGAACAGUGUGGUCAACCAGACAGUGGAGGAGCUGCAGCUUCUGCUGAAAGACAUGAAGGGAACGGUUAGUUUGCAGGUCCAGUCCAGCUCUCGCUGCAAUGUCCCUUCCUUUGAGAUGUACAUGCGAGCUCAGUUUGAUUACGACCCAAGGAAAGACGACCUGAUCCCGUGUAAGGAGGCCGGCUUGAAGUUUAAGACGGGCGACAUCCUCAGGAUAAUCAGCAAGGACGAUCCCAACUGGUGGCAGGGCAGCGUUGAGAACUCCUCCCUCCCACCCGGACUCCUCCCUUCCCCAGAGCUCCAGGAAUGGCGGGUGGCCAAUAGGAACGGUGCCAAUCAGGACGGCACGUCGGGCUGUGGGAUGUUUGGGAAGAAGAAGAAGCAAUGUAAAGACAAGUACCUGGCCAAGCACAGCGCAAUCUUCGACCGGCUUGACCUGGUGUCGUACGAAGAGGUGGUGCAGCUCCCUGCGUUCAACAGGAAGACACUGGUGCUUCUAGGGGCUAACGGAGUUGGUCGAAGGCACAUCAAAAGCUCUUUGGUGACAAAGCAUGAAGACAAGUUUGCUUAUCCAAUUCCACACACCUCCAGACCAGCAAAGAAGGGCGAGGAAGAUGGAGAGAGCUACUACUUCAUUUCCCAUGAGGACAUGGCAAAGAACAUCUCCAGCAAUGAGUUCCUGGAGUACGGCAGCUUCCAGGGGGCCAUGUUCGGAACAAAGCUGGAGACCAUCCGUGAGAUCAACCAAGAGCGAGGGAAAAUCGCAGUGGUAGACAUCGAGCCCCAGGCCCUGAAGAUUCUCAGGACAGCAGAGUUUGCUUCGUUGGUUGUAUUCAUUGCCGCUCCAUCUACAACGCCUACCAAUCAGUCUGAAUCCCUCAAGAGAAUCCAGAAGGAAUCGGAUCUCCUGCAGACCGCCUACGGACACUGGUUCGAUCUGACGCUGGUUAACAAUGAGGUUGAAGAAACAGUGCAGAAACUGGUGGAAGCGAUUGAGAGUGCAUGUACCACGCCUCAGUGGGUGCCUGUGUCGUGGGUCUACUAAUAGAUCAUCAGUAUUGGAAUGGAUACAAUAUACUUUUUAAGAAACCACAUAAUCCCCCCACGUUCAGAGAAUGUGUGUGUGGCAACAGACUGGGUUGGUGUCUGUCCGUCACCCAGUUUUUAAUCUAUAUUCACAUUUUGCCUGUUUAUGGGAGUUCAUCCCGUUGGUACACUCCAUUCUGUAUAAAGGAUGAGGCCGUAUUUACACGGUCAACAUUUUUGACAACAUAUAAAUAAAUAUUACGUGGGAGACAUCAAGUGUUCGAUUAAUGUCAGAAAUGCCAUAUUUUCACCGUCUGUGCUGCUGUCACCAUCCCGUUUGUCUGAGUUUUGUUUGAAUUGUCCACUUUUUUAUAUGCGUUUUUUGGGAAAAAAUGUUUGUACCAUUUUAAGCAUUUUCUUACAGCUGGGCAGCUCCGAGCCAUCCCUAGACACACACACAACACGCCUUUUUGAACAGGCAGCUCUUGGAAAGGAAUGCUUCGCGAUGUGCUCAGCCCCACAGGCAGUCGCAUUGUACAGCCAUUCCUGGGUGCAAACGUAUCUCUCGAUCUCACGCCAAUAAGACUAGUGAACCUGUACAACCCUCCCCUCUGCAAUGUUAAUCAGGUAUGAAUCCCUCCCCCUCAAAAAAGUUUCUAAGUUUUCCUUGCUUUGCAGUACAUCCUGGCAUACGAGUGCGUCCAUAUUGCACAUGUUCUUGCCUGUAUUUAUCCCUGUAAUUUGCACAGCUUGCUAUUUAGUACAAUUGCACCACUUGAGGCCAAUGGCCAUGGUUGUAUUAAACACGUCACUGCUUGUCCGGUCACAGCAGCUUACAUACUAAAUGAACAAAGGCAGGCAAGCAGCAUGUCUUAUUACACAGGUAAGCACAACUGGUGGCUGAAACCCACAGUGCAACCUGUACCUUCCAUCCGCUAUUGUGCAGAGUAGUGCACCGGGUAUGUAGGUUCUGUGUACAGUACUGACAUGUACUUAUUUAAAUGCCCGAUCUGCUAAAAUAGGUGAUUUUACAGUUAUGGUCUUCACCUCAAAGACAAGAUGCGAGUACAUUUGGUCCUUGAGGUCUUCAAUUACUACACAGGGAGAGUAAUUUGAACAGGUUGCACUCAAGUGUGAAAGAUGUGUAAUGCUAUUAAAUAAAAUAAACGCACAUGUUCUGUACUCAUUCCCCUCCUCCCUUUACCGCAUCUGCAUUUUAAAUGUUUUACUGAUUAGCUGAAUAAAGGCAUUUACGUUUACUCAA